AUGCAGAGCGGACGUCAUCUUGUGCUCCUGGCAACUGUUCUUGUGCUCCUCGGCGUCGUGGGGGCAAGUCGACCCUUCAUGAAUACCAUCUGGAAGUCGUGGAAGAUGGUGAACAACAAGACCUAUAGGAGUCUUCGUGAGGAGCGUCUUCGUAUGCGCAUCUUCGUCAACAACUACAUGUUUAUAAGGUGGCACAACGAGCGCUACUACUUGGGCCUUGAGACCUACGCCACAGGCCUGAACCAAUUCGCUGACUUGACUACGAAGGAGUUCUCCGAAAAGUAUCUCUCUCUAAUCAACGCAACCGCCCGAACUGAGCAACACAAAUUCCAUCUUAACCGUCCACGUCUCCCGCGUCGAUUCGUUGCACCUGAAUCCAUUGACUGGAGGAAAAAGGGCUACGUGACAUCUGUCAAAGACCAGGGGGCUUGUGGGUCGUGCUGGGCGUUUUCUGCCACCGGUUCGCUGGAAGGUCAACUCAAAAGGGCCAAGGGGAAGCUUAUUAGCCUCUCGGAGCAACAGCUUGUCGACUGCAGCUCUGCACAAGGCAACGAGGGCUGCAACGGCGGACUGAUGGACAGUGCCUUCAAGUACUGGAUGAAAUUCGGAUCUGAGUCGGAGAAAGACUACCCCUACAAGGCGCGGGACAUGCGUUGUCACUUUAACAGCUCAAAGGUUGUCGCCAGAGUUAAAGGCUACGUUGAUUCGCCUCCAAAGAGUGAACAAGACCUCAAGACCAACGUCGCCAACGUCGGUCCUAUUUCUGUCGGAAUUGACGCCAGCGGUUCCGGUUUUCAGUUCUACAGCCACGGGAUUUACGAGGACUAUAUGUGCUCAGAGACCUAUCUUGAUCAUGGCGUGCUCGUUGUUGGCUACGAUGCUGAUGAAUCGAAUCGGGAGUACUGGAUUGUGAAGAACAGUUGGGGAACCUCCUGGGGUCAGUCGGGGUACAUUUGGAUGGCCCGAAACAAGAACAACAUGUGCGGAAUCGCCACAAUGGCCAGCUACCCUCUUGUCUCCCACUGA